AUGACUAUGAUGCCAAGACGAAUACCUCAGAUGGUGAAUUGAAAAAAUUAAAAAAUCUUAGUGAACAGAACUUUGAAGGUGAGGCAAACAACAGGCUAUUGGAUGAAGAGGAUACUCAACAAAGCAACUUGAGUAGUAAAUAUGUAAGCUUAGCUCUUGUGUUAUAUAUACUGAUUCUUUAAUUUGUUUUUACUAUGUCUGAUACUUGUAAAGUAAGAUUUGAUAUUGUGAUACCAAGCCCAAGUAAAUGCUCUCAGAGCACCUGGUUUCAACAAGUGAGUUGUCUUUAUUUGUCUCACAAAAAGCAAUAUGACAAGUGAAAUGCAAUUCAGUCCUGGAUGAAAAAUGUUAAACGCAAUAUAAUUUUUAGUAAUACAUCCUAUAGGUUGAAAUCUUACAGUAUCAGCUUAGUACACUUACUCCUUUUUAAGUGAUGCAUGAUUGGUUAAAAAAAUUAUCCAUGAUGCAUGAUUUAAUAGAAAAAUUAUGUGUGAUGUGUGAUUGGAACUUUCCCUUUGCCACCCUCUUUGAGGAUUCUCCUCCCUGCUAAUGUUAUAAUAACAUAAAUAUUAUAUAUUCACUUGUUCCAAAAUUUCACUUUAAAUUUACAAAGAAAAGCUUGAGAGAAGUUGACAUAGUACAAUUCAGCAGAAGGUAUGACAGCUUUAUCUCAGCCCUAUGCUUUGUACUCUAAUAGAGCAUGCUCUUUCAACCAAUGACAGCAUGCAUUAUAUCCAAACUUCACUACAAAUUAAGCUCAGGUUGUGUUCACCAGUUACCUAAAUUAAUAUGUAAUUGACAAAAAGCAUGUCCCAUUGAGCAACACACGACUUGAUAACUAAUCAGUCAAUGCUCUUAUUUACUGAUUUAAAGGAAACCUACUGUCGUAUUACAAUAUAUGAUACAUUCUCGCCAUACGUUUGUAUAUUGUAACGGGAGUUAAGAAUACGAUAAAUCAAAGGCUUAGAAACUUGAAGGACGAUUGAGGUCGUGAUUACUGAGCACAAUUAGACUGGAUUAGAAAGGGGCCAUGUGUAUUUUCCGCUUCUUCCAUGCGUUUUGCAUGAUGAAACUUAAACUACGAACUUCUCUUGCCAAGAACCCAAUAAAAGUAUGGUCUAUCGCGAAGGAAUGUAAUAUCAUGAAACAACUAUAGUUAGGGCUAAAAGGUUGCACGACAAUUGAUUAUAUUGUCGUGACAACAAACCUGAGUAACUAGUACCCACUGUUGAGAGGAAUCAUGAUAAACAAGAGAGAUGUUUUACUUGAUCCACUUUGGAAUUGAACCUCACCUCGUCUACCUUGGUCGCUAAACUCGGUUUCAAUUCAAUUUUUUCCUUUAACUCGUUAAAUUUUCCCUCGUACGCGAGUGAACAGAUCUCUACACGAGACAUUGUCGGCGUCUUUUUGAAACCAUCCAUCUCGUUUUCAGAUCGAGGACGACAACACUCUCAGGGGUGGGGUCACUGUGAACUUUGGAGACAUAUCACAGUUGGUCCUAGAGAUAGUCUUGACGACCCUAUUUAAGACUCUUUAG